AUUGCAUUUUGUAAUUUUCAUUAACACAUCCACUAUGGCAGCCUACGUCUGCAUACGUUCAUGCUGCAAGCAUAUUUAUAAAACCAUUUCAAGCUCAGCAUUCAGGCACACAACAGGUUUCCAUUCACCAGUCACAGUACCACUAUUCAGCAAGCUUCAGCCUGCAGUCAGACUGUACUGUGGCAUCACUGUAAACUGCCCUCACAGAACUGUCACAAAACUAGCAUUCACAGCUUUUUCACCAAGAGCUCUGCUUAGUCGAAUACCUGGUGUAGGAAGAUGGCUUACUCGUGGGUUUCGAUCUCAACGAAAGGAAGAUAGAUUUGAAGUUAUUCAAGGGUUUGCAAAAGACAGAGAGCACAGCUUACUAAGGCCUCUACUCUUCACAGUAAUAACAUUUGGGACAAGUUUUGGAGGAGCCAUGAUUUGGCAGUAUGAGUCCCUGCGUGCUCGGGCACAGACUGUAAUUAAAGGAUUAGAGCGGCAGAUUUCACAGAUAUUUGAGCCACAUUUCCAAAAAGAAAUGGAUUUUCGUGCACAUUUAAAUGCAAUGUGGAACAAGUUGUCUGAUGGCCAGAAGAUGGUGGCAGGCAUCAUUGCGUGCAACUUUUUAGUGUUUUUGGCAUGGAAGAGUCCACAGAUACAGCCUUUUCUCCUGCGAUAUUUUGUUAGCGUACCUGGGAAUCCAUCCGUCUCUAUGGUGCUGUCUGCAUUCAGCCACUACAACUUCUGGCACAUUGCAGCAAACAUGUAUGUCCUCUGGUCAUUUGCAUCCAUCUCCCUCAGUCUCUUUGGCCGUGAGCAGUGGCUGGCUGUGUACGUCAGCUCAGCUGCAAUAUCUUCUUUUGCUAGUCUGGCCAACAAAGUCCUUCGCCAUGGCUCCAUAGCACCAUCUUUAGGGGCAUCAGGUGCCAUCAUGUGCCUUCUGGGGGCAGUCUGUAUCACUCAUCCUGAGGCUCGCCUUAGCAUCGCUUUCAUUGGGGAUAUUAUCCCUCAUUCCUUCUCAGCCAGCACCGCUUUGAAGGCCAUAAUCCUGUUGGAUGCAGUAGGUCUAGUGCUUGGCUGGCGAGUCUUUGACCAUGCAGCCCAUCUAGGAGGAGUUUUGUUUGGCAUAUGGUAUGCAACAUAUGGACACAGAAUGGUGUGGGGUCAGCGUGAAAACCUACUACGAUGGUGGCACGAUCUACGAGGCAAACCUUAGGGACGUUGUCUGACAUCCCUUGGCCACUGUCGGCAGUGAAUGUUGUGAUGAAUUUGUGGAUUGUGCAGAAUGUUGGAACAGUUUGUUUCUCUUUCUGGUCUACCAUCAACAGAGACUCUCGACACCUGUUACUAGCUUUGUUUUUUUUUAAGACACCAUGGUUGUACAUCAUCUUUGUGUACCACUGAGUAUGGUGUUCAGACUUGUGAGAAAAGUUGCUUGCAAAUAUACCUUCUCAGAGAACAAAGGAGAAUUAAAAAAUAUUCUAUUUUUGCUUAGUGGAUUCCAUUAAUGAUUGUAAUGCACCAGUCAUAGCAGGCACAAUCAAAUCUGUUGAUGAGUGUGCAGAUACUGUAAUUGUUACAGGUCCAAUCUAUGCUAUCCAAUCAAGCUAGAUGCUUGAGAAAAAGAUAUUUGUACAAAAUAUAAUUUACUGGUAUUGUUCUUAGUAUGUAAAGAGUUGGGGCUUCGUGCAUAUUUUGCAGAUAGAAUGAAUAUGUGUGUGUGCUUUGCAUGGAUGUAUGUGAAUGUUUCACUGUUCAGAUUGCCAAGUGUUUGUCCUAGUUCUGUUGGAAAGAGUGCAGAGAAAAUUCAUAACUUAAGUGUUUCCCUAGUAACUGUGUAGUAACCUUGAAGCCUGGCCCGUCUUUCAGGAGCAACAUUUGUUCAAUAUCUUGCUCUGAGUGCCCAUUUAGCAAAGAAUGUCUUGAAAUGCCUGGACUGGCUUCUCAAGACUGUGUAGUAGAAGUUGGGAGGCAUUAAGAAAUUAUUGUAAACUUUUCAACAUCUUACCUUUGAAAUGGUAACCAUGCAAUGCCUCAGCAAACCGAAUAAAGUACAAAUAUUUUAACAAAUAA